CAAAUAGUCACAUGAAAGUCAUGCUCUCUCACUUUCUCUCAUCAUCGUCAACUUCUAUCUUCCUUUCUCUCUCUACAAAACUUCAUCUGAGAAUCACAACAAAGAGAGCUCUCUCCUCUUGCAUUUUCACAUCCACCACCAUGUCCGUCAACCUCCACUCCCAUGCCUUUGCCGGUAACCCUCUGAGAUCCAAGACCCCAAAAGCUGGGGACCCUCUUUCACCGACCCAAGCUCUCGAAACUCUCAAAAGUCGGAUUUUGGAGGCCACCCACUUCCCUUCUUCACCAAGUUUUAAGGUCUUGCCCUUUAGGAAGGGUAGGCCUUUAGCCUCUUCUCCUGAUGGGACCACUGAUUCCUCCUCCCCAAUUUGGCAUCUGGGUUGGCUCGCUUUGGCUGAUUUCAAGGACUUGUUGGCCAAGUCCGGAACUGAGAUUAACGGUGACUCGUUGGUAUAUCUGGGUUCGCAAGCGGACGAAGACAUCGUCUACUGGGCAAUUGAUGUUUCUGAAGAGGCUAAGUUGGUUCCUGAAUUGGGUAGCCUGAGGUUCUCUUUUGUUGAGCUUAGAACGCUCAUGGUCGCCACUGAUUGGGCUGAUGCUAAUGCCAUGGGACAGUUGGCUGUUGCAGGUCAUGCCAGAGCAUUGUUGGAAUGGCAUAGUACAUCAAACUUUUGUGGACGUUGUGGAGAGAAAACAGUCCCUAAGGAAGCUGGGAGACGAAAGCAAUGUUCAAGUGAUCUGUGCAAACAGAGAAUCUACCCUCGUGUUGAUCCUGUUGUCAUUAUGUUAGUUAUUGACAAAGAGAACGACCGUGCCCUUUUAAGCAGACAAUCUAGAUUUGUACCACGUAUGUGGAGUUGCUUGGCUGGUUUUAUAGAGCCUGGAGAAAGCUUAGAAGAGGCAGUGAAGAGGGAAACAUGGGAAGAGACUGGUAUUGAAGUAGGUAAAGUUGUCUACCAUAGUUCGCAGCCUUGGCCAGUUGGACCAAGUAGUAUCCCAUGCCAGUUAAUGGUUGGGUUCUUCGCACACGCAAAAUCAUUUGAAAUAAAUGUGGACAAGGAAGAGUUGGAAGAUGCAACAUGGCACAAUAGAGAAGAUGUGAAAAAAGCCUUGCUAGCUGCUGAGUACAAGAAGGCUCAAAAAACAGCAGCUGUGAAGGUAGAACAGAUGUGCAAAGGAGUUGAGAAGACGCAGAGUUUUUCAGGAGACUUCAAUGUUGAGAGUGGUGAACUUGCUCCGAUGUUUUUCCCUGGACCGUUUGCAAUUGCUCAUCACCUCAUCUCCGCUUGGGCAUUUCAGGAUGAAACAGCAGAUGUUGGCCAAUCUCAUCUAAAACAACGUAGUGGUUCUUUCUCAAAUUUGUAGUUGGGAUUCCAUCCAUUCUCUAAGGCAGUUAAAAUCCAGAUUCAUGUUCCUGAAUUGAUUAUUUUUUUAGUUUCCUUGGAGAGCAAGAAUUAUUCAUAUUUUGGUUUUGUAGGAAUUAUCGAGUGUGGUUUACUCUCAAUUCCAGCAAAAAAAUUCUUCUACUCAUUCUAGCAUGCAUCCUUGUUAUAGUUUCUCCAUUAUCCAAGAUGAGAAAGAAAGCUUUUCUCUUUCUGCCUUUGUAUGCUAAAUGGUACCUUUUUUCCUGUCACAUAAUCUAUGCUAUAUUAAUAGCCUUUCACAAUGUAUUUGAAGUUGAAUCUUAUGUAAUGUAUCACAUAUUUCUUUCUUACCAA